GCAUUAUACAGAGUUCAAUUUGCGAUCCCUGCUCAUUGCUCCUUGCUUCCUUCGUUUGUCAUUUUUGUCGGCUUGCAGAUUUAUUGUUCGUUAGUAUUAUUAAUUAUUAUCGGUAGUAGUUGUUUUUUCUUUCAAACAGUUAUGAGCAAAUAUAUGAUUCCUUCGCUGUCUGACUCGUUCAAGGCUAAAAGGACCCUUUUGGUCCUUGGAGGCUGCGCGGUCUCGCUUUAUUUGAUAAACAAGUACCUCGACAAGUACUUGGCCGGUUACUUUUUGCGGCUUAAAAGACAAAAAGGGCUCGACGUGCUUGGCAUUAACAAGCUGCUCACUUUCGGCGUCAGCAGCCGGCCCUGCAACGGUCACAAAUUCAAGGAAUUCGACUGCGGUAACUUGGAUUGCAACUACGGCCGGCUAUGCUAUAUGUUGAGUUUUAUUGAAAAUGCUCGAGUUUCCGUUGAUAUAUGCAUUUAUAUAAUAACAGCCAAAGUGUUUGGUGAUGCGAUAAUCAACGCACAUCGAAGAGGCCUCCGAGUGAGAGUGAUUGCUGAUUCAGACAUGUCAUUUUCAGCGCAGUCGGUCAUAAACGACCUGAGGUUAAACGAAAUUCCUACUAGGCAAAGGAUGUCGCCAUAUAUUAUGCACCACAAAUUUGUCCUCAUCGACGGGCACAUCCUGCUCAACGGGUCGAUGAAUUUUACAAUGACUGGAGCAUUUUGCAACUGGGAAAACGUCAUGAUCACGACGCAGCCUGAAAUGGUGAAAGCUUUCGCCCUCGCAUUUCAAGGGCUGUGGGAGGAUUUCGCCCCGGGGAACAAGACGAACACACAGGAACAACAGCAACACCGAAAGAAGACCAACAUACAAAAUAUGUAGCAUAGAUAAUGAAAAACGAUUUAAUAAUGUGAUACUUUAGAUGUUUAUGCUUAAAAUAACUUUUUUUUUAAAUAAAAACUUUUCCAUAAAAUGAUCACGGCAAUGAUUAGACUAAGAUUUGGCUAUAAUUGUCUCCCUGUACAUCUCAGGAGACUUGGUGUUGUGGGGACCGCCAUUUGUCCACGGACAGCAUAUCCAUGGGGACGUAGACCAUGUGAUAUUGGCAUGUCCCAAAACCAUGGUUGUUAGGGGACACCUGUACUCUGUUCUCAUUAACGGCGGAAUACGACUACCUACUAGGGUAUAGACAAAGACGAAAUAAUGAAGGUGUUGUACAACAUAAUAGUCAGCAAUGUUGUACAAAUGUAAUAAAAUAUCUUGAAGACCACUUAAAAGAGCAUUGAGUCCCCUGGCAUGUACAGCUGGUGGCUUUGGUCAAGUCAGACAGGGCCAAUGUUUAAGUACAAGGCCAGAAGGAAAAAAACCAACAAUUUGUUUUUAAUAUCAUUUUUUAUUAACAAAAAAUCUGUGAUAAUUUGUGAGACUGAUAUUUAAAACGUUAAAUAAAUUGAUUUUUUUACCAAA